CUCUCUCUCUUCUUAUCUCUUAUUCAUGGCUUUCUCUCUCUCAAGCACUCUAAUCCCACAGUCUAAGCUUCCCUCCCUGCAACCAAACCACUUAAACCCUCGAAUUCGGAACCCAUCAUCUGUAGUAGUUAUUAAAUGUGAAUCAACGCCCUCAUCUCCAGAGGCGGAUUCGUCUGAAAGGAAUUCGAAACUUCAGAUUGGGUCUCCAAUAAUCGUCACUGAAGCUCCGAAGACAUUGAAAACUGCAGCUUCAGUUCCAUGUCUCAGGCUUAAUGAAGGUCUAGUGAAAGAGGGUGAUGUUGGAAGAAUUGUGGCAAGAAAGCCCAAGGAUGUAUGGGCAGUUCGUCUUGCCAUUGGCACUUAUCUUCUAGAUGGGAAGUAUUUCAGGCCCUUGGAUCUUAGAGAAUCUUGAAAGUUGAAUGGUUCUGAUUGGUUUGGUGAAGAGCCCAUUAGAAAUUCUUUAUGUAUAAACCCAAUAAUUUUUCUUUUUAUGAAAAAUUAUAUUUCCUACGUUGAUAGCUUUAGAGCUUUGCAUGGAAGAAUCAAAACGAUAAGUGAUUUCUGAUCAGAAGGAAAGAGAUUUGAAAGUGGUCCUUUACACUUGAUUGAAUCGUUUGCAUUGGUUA